AUGUCAACGCUCCGCACCGUCAUGGAAACCUCACCGGUUUUGGCAAAAGCAGCGGCACACGAACGAGUGUACAAGGCAAUAAACAUGAGGAUACUUGCACUCCAUCCUUUGACAACAGUGCACAGCUACAAGGAGAUCAUGGCAAGAGCUCUUUCAAGCGACAACGUGGAAACACAUUACAUCAAGGCCAUAAUCGAGGGCCAAAUGGAGGAAGGGACAGCUUACUUGGACUCACUCAGAUGGAGAGAGAACAUGGCUAAGGGUGAUCGAACAUGGAAAAGUAUCAAAAGGACAUUGCAUGGAAUGCAAGUCCGAGAACUCCCGAUCUACAAGGAAACACUGUAUGAAGUAGGACUCAUAGUUAUGUGUGACUAA